AUGUUAUGCGAGCAGUGUAACAAAAAUAAUGUUUGUAUGUUAAAACCCUCGAAUAAGGAAAAAUUAUGCAAAUACUGUUUUUUAGAAAGCUUUGAAGAUGAAGUACAUACAACUAUUUUGAAAAAAAAAAUGUUUGAAGACAAUGACAAAAUUUGUAUUGCUGUGUCAGGUGGAAAAGACUCUAGCGUAUUAACACAUGUACUUGUUAAUAUAAAAAAAAAAUAUAAUUAUAAUUGGAAUUUAUUUUUAUUAGCUAUUGAUGAAGGAAUUAAGGGUUAUCGUGAUGAUUCAUUAAAAGUUGUUUAUAAAUUAGAAAAAUUAUAUAAUUUACCAUUAUCAGUUUUAAAAUUUCAAGAUAUUUUUUCUUAUACUAUGGAUGAUGUUGUAAGUUAUAUAGGGAAAAAAAAUAAUUGUACUGUGUGUGGAGUUUUUAGAAGGCAAGCUAUGGAAAAAGGGGCUUUAUUAUUUAAUGCCACAAAAUUAGUAACUGGUCAUAAUGCAGAUGAUUUAGCAGAAACUAUUUUAAUGAACAUGUGCAGGGGGGAUAUUGAUAAGCUAGCUAAAAAUAUAAAUGAUGUUUUGGAAAAAAAAAAAAAUAAUAGCUCACUAGCUAGCUAUUCUGAAAAUAAUAACACAAAUGUAUUUCCAAAUUGUAACAAUGUUUUGGAUAAAAAUGAAUCUGGGAAUUCAGUUUGUGGGUGCAAAGAGCAAAUAAAUAUUGAAAAUAACAAAGAAGAAGAAAAAAAAAAUCAAUGCAAUGAUAAUAUAAAGUAUGAGCAUAAAACUGAUGGCUUUAUUCCAAGAUUAAAACCAUUAAUGUGGUCAUACGAAAAAGAGAUUGUUUUAUAUGCUUAUCAUUUGAAACUUGAUUUUUUUAGCACUGAAUGCACAUAUUCUCCAAACUCUUUUCGUGGUAAUUUAAGAAGUUUUAUUAAAGAUUUAGAAAUUAUUAAUCCACAAAUUAUUUUAAAUAUAAUUCAUUCAGCUGAAUUUUUUUAUUUUAAUACAAACAUAAAAAAAAAACUUAACACUUGUAUAAAAUGUGGGGCUUAUACAUCCAAUAUGGUAUGUAAAGCUUGUCUAAUUGUUGAUGGAUUAAAUAAUUAUACAGAUAACUCUUUUCUAUAUGCAAACAAAAAAAAAAAAAAUAACAAAAAAAAAAUAUCUAUAGAAUAUGAAAUAGAAAAAUGA